GUAACGCCGAUAGUUGGUAGCCCAUGGCAGUUGCUUCUAAACCGUUGCAUGGAGUGGGUCGGUGUUUUUGUCGUGAUAAUAUGCGACUACGCAAUUAAUUAAUAAUAUAACAAUCAAAGAAAUCCUGCUCGUCCAUGUAUUAGCGUCCAAACGAAUGUAAACGAUUCCCGUUCAACUAAUCGUGUGCUUUCGAUAAAGCUACUAAGUAGUACCCUAAGUGUUUUGUGUCAUAUACAAAUUCGAAAGAUGGUGCUUUCAGAAUGUUAUGGAUUCGCUAAAUAUGCAUUAAUUUGCGUGAACCUACUAUUUUGGGCUGUGGGUCUAGCAGGAGUGGUACUAGCAGUAUGGAUGUUAACAGACCAAACGUUCCUGAUGUCCCUGACUCAGGAACAGCAUAACUUUAACGCUGGUCUCUAUAUCCUCCUCUCAGCUGGGAUCCUGAUGCUGAUAGUAGCAUUUCUCGGCUGCUGUGGUGCCUUCCGUGAAUCCCAGUGUAUGCUGGUCGUUUUCUUCAGUUGCCUGCUGGUGGUUAUCGUUGCACAAAUCGCAGCUGGAGCUUGGCUUUACAGGAAUAGCGAUAGCCUCGAGGAGCUGGUCAAGUCUUCCGUGAUAAAUACCGUUAAGAAUAAAUAUGGCGAGGACGCCUCUCAAACAGAGGCCGUCGAUGCAUUUCAAUCGGGUCUCGGAUGUUGCGGAGCUACUGGUCCAGCUGAUUGGACGGGUAGUAAAUAUGCAACCAAGGAUCCAUCGAUUCCCGUCAGCUUAACUGUUUCUGGCGAUGUGAAUAACAUGUACAAGGUGCCCGAAUCUUGCUGCAAGGAGAAAGAUAGCACUGUUUGUAAAAUAGCUCGCAAUAUUAAAGUCGCCAGUAUCAUUAAUCCAGCAAUUUAUAGCGAGGGUUGUAUAGACAAACUGAUGGAUGCACUGAAGAGCCAAAAGAACAUCGUCAUCGGUGUAGCAGCCGGUGUAGGUAUCUUGGAACUUCUUGGAUUAAUAUUUUCCCUGGUAUUGUGCUGUGCGAUUGGCUCCUCCGAUAGAUACAAAGCUUGAAUAGAAUAAAUUCUAUCUAUCGGUGUAUAAUCCUUCCUUAUGCCACAUAUCGUUGUGUCACAAUUUUUUAACUGGUAUUUGAUCUCUGUGCCAAUCCGAAUAUAGGUUUUUUCUCGUGUCUGUCUCUAAAGUUCGCCUGAAAAAAAAAAGAAAACUUAUUUAAGAGAUUGCAACAAAGAUAGCUCUAUUCAAGUGUUCAAAUUGAAUCUCUUUCAUUGAUAAGGUUCUGAUAUACAGUUUAUCAGUAUUGCAUACUGUAACGUUGUCCAAGAUUUCUAGAUAUUGUAUUAUUAUUCUGCUCAGGGACACAAAUGACAGAAUUUUUUUUACCCAUAUGUAUAUUUUAUAUGUUCAUGACAAUUAAUUUACACGGAUAAGGGAAAUCCAUUAUCAAUUAGUAUCUCAAAGAGUACUAAUACUGAUUUAAUAUUCGUUGUCCCAUAUAUUUAUACUUUUUUAAGUAUCUGUAAAAUUUCAUAUCGAGGAAGGUACAUUGUAAAAAAGACUCGGUUCCAGUUUCUUACUGCCAAAUGCUCUUUUCAUCUUUUUCUAUGCUGAAGACUUACACGAACGAGCAUUUAACGUUUUACAGAGUACCUAUAUGAUUUACAUUUUUUUUUUUUCUUUGUUAGGCCAAAGUAGUAGACCAAACUAAUGUUAAUGUGUUAAAGAAGGAACGAGAGAGAGAGAGAGAGAGAGAGAGAGAGAGAGAGAGAGAAAGCGAGAGAAAAAGAGGAAUGAAUUUAAUUAAAUUUCGAAUCGAGUGGAUAAUUCUCUGUUGCAACUGGUAUAUGCAAGGAACUGUAUACAAUUUGAUCUUCUUUUUUGCUCUCUAAACUGCCACACGAUCAUUUUUUUAUUCUAUUUUAUGCACAAAGUGUUUCCAACGUAUAACAAUUUUUGACUUCUUUUUCUUGCGUCGCUUUAACGAGUACAAAGCUUUGGAUAAAUAAUAUCCAAAACUGUUCUGUCGUUGCCAAUAUACCAGUUUUAACAUACGUAUAUAUAGAUAAAUAUAUAUAAUAUAUAUUAUAAUAUACAAGAUGAUCUGAAAAGAUUGAUCUGAUAAUUAAUAUUGACGUCUAAAUGAGAUUAUGUUAAGAAUGCUACCAAGCGAUUUUGUUUCGUGUAGCAUUAUAGUCUAUCCAUGUUAUCUUUAAAGUAAAAGAAAGUGGCUAUCUUUAAAAAAAAAAAAGAAAAAUUUGGACAUAGCUAAACAGAAGCAACUAAUUUGAUAAGACAAACUUCUUAUUGUAGAAAUUUCUUUGUUUUCAAUAUUUUUUCUAACAAGGUACCUCUCAUAAAAAAAUAACAUUCGAGUUCAAUUAAUUUCUGCGUGUAUAUAUCGAACAAAUGGUACCUUGAAGAAAUGAAUAAUUGUUCAACAAUUCAAAUGUAAAAAAAUGUAUUUUACUAUUAAAAGCUGCUUUUGGAAUAGUUAUGUCUUGAAAAAGUGAUCGAUAUAUUUGACGAUGAAUGUUUAAUAUAGAUUACAAUAUAUAAUAAUAGUGAAUAGAUCAGACAUUUAUUAACUGUUCAACUAAUGUUCAUCGUCAAAUGAUUUAGUAUAGAUUAAAAUUAAAAAAAAAAAAAAAAACAAUUUUUUCGUAUAAUUAUUCUGCUGAUGAAUAUGGUACAAAAAUAAUCGCGAAAGUAUUUAAAUUCUUUUGUUUCUUAUGUAUAUGUUUCAAAUCAACAUCAUAGUGUCUAGUCUGUAAAGAUUGAAUUCCUAAUUUAUCAAAUUUAUAUUCUAUUAGAAUUAACACGUUGCUUAACAUUAUAUAAAUAGAUUAACAAACUUGGUAUCACAGGAAAAGCUUAUUAACAUAAAUCAUCAAUGAAAAACAAUGUGUUAAUUUCUCGCUUUGCUGUAAUAUUAAUUUACUGUUUCUUAUUUUUAUACAUUUAAUAUAUAUCCGAUGUUAUGUGUGUAAAAAAUUAAUAAAAAAUAGAAGCAUUUAUUCGGAUAUAAACAGAAAGAUAUUGCACGAACGACUUAAGUAAUCCGAUUGCUAUAAAAUUACAGGUUCUAUCAUUUCCGACUGUUAAGUAGUUUUGUAAAGCUUCUGUAUUGAACCUCGUGUGAACGUGAUCUUUAUAAAAAUAAUUAACGUAAAACUUCAAAGAAUAAUAAAACGUAUAUUGUAAAGUCGAACACGUUCCCAAAGGGUCGAAGGAGAUUACUAUGUUGUCCAAGUAUAAAAAUAUAUUUUACAAACUUUGUUACUCUUACCGUUUUACACACUGCAAUGUGACAUUUAAUUGCAUCUUAUUUAGCGAGAAUGGAUUUGAGGACAACCUUGAAGAGUUAAUGAUUGUGGUUACCAUUGCACAUCUAACGUCAUUUUCCUUUUUUAUGUAUGUACGUUGAUUAUCUUAAAUUACACUUGUGUACUCCUCUCUGGAAAAAAAAAAACAGGCGUUAGAUAUGCAAGAAAAGAUGGAUAGUAUAUUGCAAAAUUUACAAUGAAGCAUAUUAAUGUUACAAAAAGAAUGAAAUAUCAUCAGUCGUACAAUGUUUUUAAUUUUGAUAUUAAUAUAUUUAUAUACACUUACAUAAAAUAUAUACAUAUUUUCUUACUAAUUUUUGAGCGAGAUAUUUUUAUUCUCAAUAAUUUCAUUGUAUAUUCGUUUUUAAAAUGCUUCUACACGCUAUAUAGUUUCUUUCAAAUGCAAAAAAUGCAUUUCACUUUAAUGUCGUAUUUGAAAAUAAUUCGUCUGCAAGAUGGUAACUUUGCCCCGCGUACUUCCAAAUAUUUAUGCAAGCAUAAAUGGUCUUACUUUUUGCCAUAUUUUAUGAAUAAAUAAACGGAACUAGACACGAUACAUCUUAAUCUAUGUAUACACAACUUUCAGGUGUGCGUUCAUUUGCAAACUUAUGUAUGUAUGAUAUGCAAGUAAAUGUUAUGAAAGAUGUUCAAAGAAUUCAAUAUACACUUAAUGGAA